AUGACUCCUAUGUGCCCGCAAUACACCAAUAAGUGGCAAACCAGCCAUGUUCUGGGUGACUCUGGCAGUGGUAUCGCUGAUUUGUAUGAUGUGGCCAAUGCUAUUGGCUCAAUGACCAUCAAUGAUGUCGACGAACUCGAAGCCAACCUCAUCAUGGACCUCGCAAGGGCCCGACGCGAUAUAUAUAUUGCGGAGAAAACACUUGCUGAUUGUGUCGUCCGAGAACACGAGGCCAUGGCAAACCUUUCAAAACACAAGUCGGCCCUUUCUAAGCGGAAGCUUGACAAGGCGGAUGUAGGACUGGGUCAUAUGCGCAUCACAUUCAAGAAACAUGGUCUUUCUCACUACCCAGCGCCUCACAAUUUUCAUGACUCAUUUGUAUCCUGCCAUCCAGUAACCAUCCAGUUGGACUAA